AUGUCUCUGUCGAACCCUCACAGCCAGCGGCUCGCAGCUCUUCUGAGCCGGCGACACCCAGCCGUUCACCAUGCCAACAAUGCGCCUCUUUCACGUUUCCAGUCGCGAUACGCAUCCACCACUUCAGGGAACUCAGAAACAUUGCCACCACACUCCAAGCUGCCCUUGAAGAUUCUCUUACGGUCCCUGUUGGUGGCGACCAUUUCUUCCCACCGGAUCUUGUUGGGCCCGUCUCUGGCUAUUUUGAAAUUCCUGAACGACUCGCACCAGACCUGGGUCUUUGACGUGCAAAGGAAUCCUUUAUUGCACGCUGUACUGAAGAAGACCAUGUACAACCACUUCUGCGCCGGCGAGAACCGAAACGAGGUGACGUCGACGAUUGCGGAGAUCAAGCGCAUGGGGUUUCGGGGAGCCAUCCUCACCUACGCUCGCGAGAUUGUGGUCGACAAUACGACAGAAGAAGAGAGCGGUCGGGGGUUAAAGGAGAUGGAUCCCGCUUCAGAAAUCGAGUCAGAUGCUGGGAUCGACGCUUGGCGUGAGGGUGUCUUGGAAACGGCGGAUAUGCUCAGUGAAGGAGAUAUUUUGGCUCUCAAACUGACUGGUGCCGGUGCCGCCGUUUCAGAGGCGCUCACUUCGAGGAAGCCCCUACCAGCGCAGAUGGAGUCAGCUCUCUCAGACGUAUGCUCUCGCGCGGUGGAGCGUGGAGCACGCAUCUUUAUGGACGCCGAACAGAUUUCAGUACAGCCCGGAAUCGACGCAGUAGCAAUAGACCUCAUGCGCCGCUUCAACACGAAAGAAAGAGGCGCCGUCGUCUUCAACACCUACCAAGCCUAUCUCAAGAGCACACCGGAUACCCUGGCCCAGCACGUGGCGCUAGCUCACAAGGACGACUUUGUCCUCGGAAUCAAACUGGUGCGCGGGGCUUAUAUCAGCUCAGAGCCAAGACACAUGAUCAAUGAUACCAAGCAAGCAACAGACGACUCGUAUGACUCUAUCGCACGGGAGCUUUUGUCACAAGGAUACAGAGACUAUGGCGUGCCGGGCGGGAAGUCGUUCCCGAGCAUUGAGUUGUUCCUUGCAACGCACAAUAAGGACAGCGUCCUAAAGGCCAACGAGCUUCAGCAAACUCGCGCCAAGGAAGGGAAGGCCUUGAUCAGGAUUCAGUAUGGGCAGCUUCUGGGCAUGGCCGACGAAGUCAGCUUCAGUCUACUCCAGCUCGCAGACCAGAGGGCCGAUGCAAAGGGAUCGGAUAGUGAUGCCCCUAUAGAGGUCUACAAGUGCUUGAGCUGGGGCUCUCUUGGUGAUUGUACGUCGUAUCUCUUGCGGCGGGCGGUCGAGAACCGGGAUGCGGUAUCCCGCACAAAGUCGGAGUUCACUGCGUUGAAGAACGAGUUAUGGAGGAGGCUUACAUCUUCCAAAUGA